AUGACUCAGAUAGAGAUAAACACAUCUAUCAUGACUCAGCUAGAGAUAAACACAUCUAUCAUGACUCAGAUAGAGAUAAACACAUCUAUCAUGACUCAGAUAGAGAUAAACACGUCUAUCAUGACUCAGCUUGUGCUGGAGAAGAUUGUCUGGACGACGCUGCAGCCAGGCUCCUCCCACAUUGAGAUCCUGCAGCCAAUCAACGUCGAGUUGCUCGUCACCAGAAACAUGGCCGCCUCCUGGUUCACUAAGAUCCCGGGGGUCCAAGUGCAGGGAAUCCUACGUUCCCUGAAGAUGAGUCUGGGUGAGGAAGACCUCAGGGUGCUGAUGAAGAUCCUGGUGGAGAACAUCGGGGAAGGAAGUGAAACACACAGCAUUGACGCCAAAACACAGGUGGCUCAAGAGGGGGGGGGACAUCCUGAGCAGCAGGUGGAGCAGUCGUCCAAUCAGACAGGGUCUGACAGCGCCUCACAUGCCACCAAUGGCGCUCUGACAGAGAACACCGUCAACGUCCUGCUGAACUUCGAAAUCAAAGAGGUUCUGCUGACGCUGAAGAAGCAGGAAGUGGCGUUCCUGGUGUUCCAGGCGGCUCAGCUGGGCAUCAACACCAAAGUGAGGAAGUUUGACACGGUGGCAACAACCUUCAUCAACCAGAUCUCCCUGAGCUGCCCAGAGUUCAAAGACUCAAGCGGCGCCGCGUUGUGUCUCAUCAGCUCCUCGGGGUCCGGAUCGGAGCUGCUCAAAGUGCAGUACUUCAAG